AUGUUUGAGAAGAGAUCAACAAGAACAACAGCUCAAAUUCAAUUCCCAAUCUGCUCCAGGUUACUAUCCCAGCAGACUCAAAUAUGGCCAAGGACAGGGAACAUGUUGUUGAAUUCCUUGACAGGAUGUUGGUGGAUGGUUCCAAGCUAUCCCCAGAAGAGAAACUUUGUUCUUACAAGGGAAUUUUGUUUCCUAUUACUAUUUGCCACCCAGAAACUUUACAAGCUCUUGAAACCUUUGAAGCCAGGAAAGAUGAUGUGAUCAUGACAGGAUAUCCUAAAUGCGGUAGUCACUGGCUUGAACAGAUGCUAAAUAACAUGAAUGUUUUAGCUGCAAAAUAUACAGAAGAGGAAAAGAAAAAGAAAGCAGAACUUGAGAAGGAACUGGAAAUUACUCCACGCUUAGAAUUUGGUGAUCCGAGCAAAUUCAAGAGAAUGGAAAAUCUGCCUUCAAGAAGGGUUAUAAUCACUCACCUUGAUCCCAAUAUACUGCCCAAAUCUGCUUUCAAAAAUAAAGCCAAGAUACUGGUUCUGAUUCGAAAUCCAAAGGACACAUUGGUGUCCUUUUUUCAUUUUAACAACAAGAUGCCCAUCUUUCCUACAAAAACAUGGGAUGAAUUUUUCACUGAUUUUAUGAAUGGGAAAGUGAGCUGGGGAUCCUACUUUGAAUUUGUCAAAGAAUGGGACAAGUAUAUUGAUGAUGAAAAUAUCACAUCCGUAAUUUAUGAAGAGCUAAAAGAGAAUCCAAACUUGGAAGUGAAAAGAAUAGCUACAUUUCUUGGGUUUUCCCUGUCUGAAAAAGAGAUUCAAAGCAUUGUAGAAAAGAGCAGCUUCAAAACUAUGAAACAAAGUGGACAGGAAACCCUUGGAGCAUUUGGAGAUCUUCUUUUCCGCAAAGGAUCUGUUGGUGACUGGAAAACUUUGUUCUCAGAAUCCCAGAACCAAGAAAUGGAUAGAAAAUUUGAAGAGCAUUUAGCUGGUACUAAAUUGGGAGCUCGGAUAAAGUAUGACAUGUACUGCAAAACCUGAGGAGACAGCUUUCACCUCUGUUACACUGAAGACUUUCCUCUGUGCUGAAUUGUUUCUUGAACUGUUUGUUAUGUUGGCUUUUAUGUACUUUCUUAUUCAGGCUGUUGAUACUGCUUCCCGAGUAAUAAUUCAUGGCACACGAAUACAAUUAUCUAAUGAUACUUGAGAGCAUGAUCUGAAUAAACCUAUUAACAGACACUGCUUCAUGAUUUGGCGGAAUAAGCCACCAUAAAAUGAGUUUUGAUGCAAUUAAGAGAUAAUGGAAUAAAGCUAGUUUAUAAAUGACAUUUUAUCCCAAAUAUAUCACCAUACAUUAUAUAGGUUUGACUAAGGCAGUUCUGUGACAUAUUUGCUGUGAUCCAUAUUUAUAUUCACUUAGUUGAAUGUCCAGAAGUAAACUGUGGGCCAAUUGGUUGAUGUAAUGCUGAACUCUUUGAUAGUUUUCCUAAAUUUCUUCUCAGAAGCCAGGUCUCACAUAAUAAGCUGUGAGCCAGUAACUUUCAUUUUUCUUGCCAUAGGACUGGAAAUGGAUUAUUAGGUUGGGAAAGUAGCUUUGGGGCAACUUUGCCACUUUCAUUCUGUUGUGGUUCAGCCAGAGGUUGAAGAUGAGAUUGUUCAGUCAAAGGUUGUCAGGAAUGAUGGGCUUUCCAGUGUGGGAAAUGAGGGGAUUUUUGAUCAUGAUUCAGUCUGGGAGGAUAGGUCUGUGUCUAGUCAGUUAGAAAUGGCUUCAGGGCAGGGAGAAGAUGGAGAGGCUUUGGCAUCGAAAGACAGGAAAGACCUUUCCCCUAGUUGUUCCUUGGCAACAGAAGAUAAGAAGCUGGAAGAGAAAGAUCUUUUCCCCUGGGAAAAGAUCUGAGAUUACUAGGAGUCGAUCUCUGAGAGGAGUGAGUCAGAUUACGGAGGUAACAGAGACUCCGUGAGAAAUCCUUGAAACAGACCAGAUGUCAAAGACAUGACUUCAUGGCUUUUGGAACUUAAAUUAAAGUGUUGUCUACUGAAAGGGUUAGAGCAGGCAACACUACAUUACCGUGUACGCCUUGGGUCUUGGGCUUGUUUCACAUUCAAGUUAUAUUUAUAUUUUUAAUGUACUAAACAUACCAAGUUUGUAUGAAAAUGUGACUAUUUCCUGUGCUGGUCAAUGACCAAAAUAAAUGAUUUGAUUUGAAGUCUAUAUUUAAGAUCUUGCAGAAAGUCUUGUGCUCAUGUUCAUGGAUUCAUGUCUUGAAAGACGUUCCUGUGUUCCUGGUUAUGGGAUUUAUGCCUAUGUUUUGAUUCUUGGUUGUUUCAUGUACCUUGUCACAGAACAUGGUUGUAUGGACUAUUGCCUUUUAAAAGCCUUUUUUCCCUAUUGCUUACUGGACAUUGCUUUUUAUAUUGCCUUUUUGCCUUUUUGCCUUUUUUUAAAUAUUUGCUCUCUCUUCAAUAAACUUUUUAGUUAGUA